AUGCUCAACAGCUCCGCACACGUCCACUAUGACAACUCCAGCCAGUUCUUAGAGGACCCGGAUGUCCGUCUCGCCCACUCCGUCUUGGUCGGCGUCUGUGCCGCCUACGUCCCGCUCAUCAUCGCCCUGAACGUCUUGGUGUUCUGGGGGAUCGUUCUGUACCCGGGCUUCCACAAUCCGAACAACUAUCUACUCCUCAGCCUGUCCGUGGCGGACUUUUUGACCGGGUGUCUCUGUCUGCCCAUGUACAUCCUCAGCUACUUCCCCUACACGUGUAGGUUCGUCUUCGCCCACAAGUACGUGUGCCUGACCUGGUUUGCAUCGAUUGAGAUCGGCCCGGGCGGCUCGCUCGCCAGCCUGUUUUACAUCACCAUCGACCGUUACAUCGCCGUGAUGUGGCCACUGAGGUACUCACAGAUUGUGACGGUGCGACGGACCAUCAAAGCCAUCAUUUUCAAUUGGUGUUUCGUGUUACUUCUGGCCUUCGCGCCGAUGCUGUUCGAUUGGAACCAGUACGAUCCGACACUGCUGCCGCUGACGGCGCGCUGCAACUUUCACAAGACGCUGACCAAGACCUACGUCAUCAUCGCCACCUUCGGCACCGUUUUGACCACCCUCUUCAUAUGCUCGAUUCUCUACCUUCAAAUCAUAUUUGUCUCCCAGCGGCAGAUACGACAGUUCAGAGAAAGGAUAUCCAGCCUGCAUCAAAAUCAGAUUCGCGUUUUCGAAAGUCGCAUGAGCUCCGUGAACAUGACAUCGUUUCUGAUGCUUCUGUUCAUCGUGUUGCUCACUCCGUACAUGCUGGUGGCGCCGUUCAAGUACUACAACGUGUUCUCCCAAAAGAACAUCGAGAUCAUGAGGGUUUCCACCCUUAUAUUGACGUUCACCAACGCCAUAGUCAACGCGCCAAUCUACGCCGUGUAUAGGACGGAGUACAGAGACGUGUACAGA